UCAAUUUUUAUAAACCUCAAUUUCCAUCCAUUUUCAGAUAAUUUAACAAAAGAAGUUUGUGAUGGCUUUUCAAAUAAAUGAUGAGAUGUCGCCUUUGGAUAUAUCCAACUGCUCCAAAGAAUCAUUGGAAGUGAAAGAAUUAAUUUCAAAUCUUUCGAUUAACAUUUCUAAUCUUUUGAUUGAAAAUUAUUACGAUUUCGUCAAAAUUAAUUUGGCACGAAAUGGAAACGAAUUUUCGGUAUGGAUGAUAUACGGAUUGGAUGAAUUGUAUGAAGAUGAUGAUAAUAUGGAAGAAAUUACAAUUGGAGAUGCAGUUUUUGAUCAUUCAGAGGAAGAAAUGAAUAAUUUGAUUUUAUAUCAUGAAAAUCGUUUUGUCGGUGCCCUUGCUGUACUGAAAUAUCUAUUUGAAAUCUUUACCGGAUCAAUUUUGGAUGCAAACUUUCUCACCGGAACUCCACCAACUCAAGAUAUUUCUAAUUUUCUGGUGGAUGUAUUUCAUUGCGAAAAAGUUCAACAAUGUGAGAAAGUGAUGAUAUUUCAAAACGGAAUUUCAUCAAAAACUAUGGUUGAUCAGAUUUUGGAUUUGGCAAAUGGAUUGAAAAGUUUGGACUUUAGAUGUCCAUUGCCAGACGAUUGGAGUAAUCCAAAAAUUCUGAAGCUAGACAAACUAGUUUCAUGGCCAUCAGAAUGGUUCACAACUAGUGAUUUAUUGACGAAAUUAGAUUGUGAAUGUGCUCAAUUGAACGAGACAAAUCUGGAUUGUAGAGCAUUCAAAGCAUUCAUGCUCAAGUGGAAAAUGUUAGACAAUACAAGACUGAAAAUGCUUGAAAUUUCAUUUGAUGGAGAUUGGACAUUAUUUAAUUAUGAUGGGCUUGACGCAAAGAAAUGGAAUCCUGAGGAAAGAGAUGGACAUUAUCCAGAUCUACUCGGGAAACCGGGAGCCCAAUGGUUGAAUUGUGAAUUUGUAAUGGAUAUUCAAAGAGACGACGGAAUGCUGGCUUCAUUUUGGAGAAGAGAGCAGAGUUUUCAUUUUGUAGUUUGGCAUGAUCGUCAUCCAAUUGCCACGUUGCAACCGGAUCCAGAUCUUCUUUUGAAGCUGGAGGAAAUUGAUUUUGCGAGUGAUGAAGAUGAUGAUGAAUGAGAAAAGUUUAAACUUUAUUUUUAUUGAAGUUUUUGCAAAAUUUGUUACAAAUGAAGUUAUUUAUAAUGGAGA